AUGACUGAAUACUGCAAUCCAAAUGCAACUGGGUUUUUACAUACAUGUGGGUAGUUUAGUUAAUGCUAACUCAAUACCAAAGGGCUUACAACAUGUGUUCAUGAUCCACCAUAUACACCUAAAGCAGGUAUUAUUAUAUCCUAUAUCAUCACACCAAUUUUGAUUGGGAUCGGAAUACUUGGAGGAUUAGGAGGUAAGAAAUGUAUCAAUUCUUUAGGUGGAGUAUUAAAAGGACCACUUUUAGAAAUGAUACUAAAUUAUUCUUAAAGUGAAGCCACCCACAUUGCUUAUUGUCUUAUGUUUGGAGGAACAUUAUUAAAUACAAUAUUGUUAAUGUUUGAAAAGUAAUAACUAAUAUUUAAAUGAUAGAAAUCCUGAAGAUUAAAGAAGACCCAUUAUUAAUUACAGAAUUUCAAUAAUUUUUAAUCUUGCAGUUCCUUUUGCCACAAAUCUAGGAUCAUCAUUGGCUUCCUUUCUACCUUAAUUAUACACAUUAAUUCUACAAGAACUAUUUUUAUUUGCAGUUGCCCCUAUAUUGUGGAAAAAAGGUAAUUUAUAGAAUGAAUUACGUAAGCUCAGAAAGCUAAAAGCGAAGAACUUUAAACUCCAGAUAAACAAAAAAAUGAAAGUUAGGCACUAAAUUUGGAUGGAUCAAACACUUAAUAAAAGAUUGAACUUUAAAAAAUAGAAGAAUAAUAAAAUUCAGUAUCAUUAACUUCAAUAAAUGCUGAAAAUAAGAAGGAAAAUUCAAAUACUCUCUAUUAUUAAUUCAAAUAAGAAACUGAGAAUGUUUUGCCAAUCAUGCCUGUACUAUUUAUUUUAGGUUCUUUUGGACUUAAUUAAGUAUUAAUAUUGUUGAAAUUUUAGAUAUUUAUAUAAAUGAGAUCCACAAAUCCAAGUAAACCAUCUUAUGUUGGUAUACAGGAUUGUACAUGGGAAAACGAUUUCAUGAUUCUAAUUUUAAUUAUUGCAAAUGUUCUAUUUGAUUAUAUAGCUUGGAAUUUUGGAUCUCGUUAAGAGAAAUAUUUUGAUUAAUUGAACUAUUUACCUAAUGAGAGAUAUUUUACUCCUAUUAGUCGAUUUUUCAAAAUAUAUGCAGGAGGAUUUGGAGCUGGUUUUGUAUCAGGAUUUCUUGGAAUGGGAGCAGGUUUUGUAAUGGUUCCAACUUUACUUUAUAGUGGUUUGAUUCCAAGAUGUGCAUCAGCUACUUCAGCAUUUAUAUAUUUCAUGAUAUCUUUAAAUAAUUUAAUAACUUUACUUACUAAUCAUUAUUUAGAUUAGUAAAUGAUUCUGUUAUUUACAGGAUUAGCAGUAAUUUAAUUGUUUAUUUAAGGUUAUAGGUGGGUCUGUGAUUACAAAAAUUGGAUACAUUCUAUUAAGCAAAUAUAAAAUUGGUUACACAGUUAUCUUGAUUGUCUUUGCUUUAGAUAUAGCCAAUAUUUUUUCAUAAAUCUAUUAUGGUGUUGUGUUUGGUAUGAGAUAUGGUUUAGAUUACUUAACAAAAGCAAAUAUAGUAUGCUGA